GAGCAUCGGAUCUGGAAUGGUGUCACGGACGUCAUCUUGCAAGAUCUUCUUUUCGCUUCUUCUCUCUCUCUUUCUAUCAUAGAAGCAGACAAUUUUCUUCGGUUUGCGUCGUUCGGCGUUUUGGGGGGUUUCCUUCGGCGAUAUAAGUGGAGAAGAAAACGCAAGAAAGAAAAAGCAAGCGAUCAUGGAGGCUCGCAAUCGUGUUUCCAUCUCCAUCCUCGAGGCGUCCGCGCCGGCCCUCUCCCGGUCGCAGCACCUACCCUCUGCGAAUAACGGCGGCGUGAACAACUCCACGUCGCAGGGGAAGGCGCCGAACGAAACGCUGGCCAGCAACGAGCCCUCGCCCAACUCCUCAGACCCCAACGCGAACAAGACCAUUUUCGAUUUCCAAGUUCUCAACUGCUUCCACGAGCUCUACGACCUCGCCCAGCACAAAGGUUCCGUCGUGCUCAUCUGCAACGUCGCGAGCAAAGACAAGGACUUCACGGAAGCCGGCUACACUACGCUUUCGAAGCUGUACCACAAACACCACGCGGAGGGCUUCGUCGUGCUUGCCUUUCCAUGCAACGAGUUCGGCUCCGGCGAGCCGGGCAACGAGGACGAGAUUGCGGAGAACAUCUCCUGUCUGUACCCGCGCAUCGGUGAGGUGGACUUCCCCAUUAUGGCGAAGGUCGAGGUGAACGGCGAUCACGCAUCGCCGCUCUUCACCUUCCUAAAGAGCCGCAUUCGCGGCACCCUAGGCCAAACCGCAAUCAACUGGAACUUCACCGUGUUUGUGUGUGACCAGGCUGGCGUCCCGUUCGCGCGAUUUGCGCCAGAGGCGUCGAUGGCGGAGAUCGACGCACGCAUCGAUGAGCUGCUGCAUCCAAGGCCGCCGCCGGCGCCGGUGGUGCCCGCAGAGCCGCUCGCACCGUUGCCGGCGGAUGCCCAGCAGCAGCCCCCACCGACGAAAGCGGUGGUGUCCGUCGGCGAAAUCGCCGUCGUCGAAGACUCGCCUACGCCCAACGACUUCUCCGGCCGCGCAACGCCGCCACCGUCGGUGGUGGCGCAGCACAACGCACACGAGACCUCACCUGCUGCGAAAGCCACCGCCGCUGCUCCGUCUGCCGCGCCUCGGCUGCAGGUGUCGGCUAUUACGGUGACCGACGUGACGUCGCGCGGCAGCCCACCGAAGGAUGAGGACACCGGUUCGCCAGUAGCGAGUGAGCUAUCUAGCACCCUGCUUUGCAAGACGACGGGCACGUUGGAGGGGGCAGAUUUUUAG